AUGUUUUUCUUUCUUCUCUUUCUUUCUUUCUUUCUUUCUCUUUCGUCUCUUUCUUUAUUUCUUUUUUUUUAUUCCAUUCUUAAACUUUUUUUCUUUCCUUCUUCUAUCCAUCUUCAUUUACGUUCUUCGUUCAUAUUUUCCCUUUCUUUCUUUCUUUCUUACUCUCAAACGCGAUUUCUUUCUGUCUUUUUUUCCUUUUCUUUUUUAAUUCUUUUUAUCUUUUCCUCCUUCUUCUUCCUUUCGCUUUUUAUUUAUCCUUUCUUUUUUAAACUUUCUAUUUCGUUCUAUUUUAUCUUUCAUUUUCUUUCCAUCAUUAUUGGGCGCCUUAACAUGAUGUUGACAUGCCGUAAACCAAACCAAACCGGAACCGGAACUGGAUUUCUUUCUGUUUUCUUUUUGUUUCUUUCCACCCUUCCUUUCUUAUCCUUCUUUUUUUUCUUUUUCUCUCUUUUUUUUCUUUUUCUCUCUUUUUUUUUCUCUCUUUUUUUUUCUUUUUCUCUCUUUUUUUUCCCCUCUUUUUUUUUGCUUCCUUGUCAUUCUUUUUCUUCCCGGUUUUAUUUGCUUGUUCGUCAUUUUUUCCUUCUCUCGUUACUGAUUUUCAUACACUUUUUCUCUCUGUUUUUUUCUUCUUUCUUUUUCUUUCUUGAUUGA